AUGCACCUUUCUCCCUGACUAGUUAUACCAAUCGCACCUAAGCUGGGUAACUCCCCUGCUCUGAUAAAUAGCACCAGGGACCAGGGAGGGUCUAUCUGCCUGAUUCUCCCUCCCUCUGCAGAGUCUCUCAGCCUCCUCUCACACCAGUGCUACAGACUCCCUUCAAAAAUUGUGACCAUGUCUGUCAGAGCUGUGAAGACCACCACCUUCUCCACGGCGUCCUCAUCCAGGGGCCUCCAGGGCUUCAGCAGCCGCUCCUUUUCUGGCUACGGUGGCCGUAGUGUGGGGAGUGGCAGGCAAAGCUAUGCUGUCCGCAGCUCCUAUGGGGGAGUGGGCAGCAGUGGUGCUGCCAUGGGUGCUGGGGGGUUUAAGGUGGUCGGUGGGUAUGCUGCUGGGGGAUCUGCACAAAGAGCAGGUGGAAUGGAGUUUGGCUAUGUGGGUUUCGGUGGAGGUAUGGGAGGUGGCAUGGCCAGUGAAAUGGUGGCCCCCAUCACAGCAGUGACUGUGAACAAGAGCUUGCUGGCCCCCCUGAACCUGGAGAUUGACCCCACCAUCCAGGCCAUCCGCACCCAGGAGAAGGAGCAGAUCAAGACCUUAAACAACCGCUUCGCUUCCUUCAUUGACAAGGUACGCUUCUUGGAGCAGCAGAACAAAAUGCUUGAGACCAAAUGGAAACUUCUGCAGGAACAAACCACGUCUCGCUCCAACAUCGAUGCCAUGUUCGAGGCUUACAUUGCCAACCUGCGUAAGCAGCUGGAUAGCUUGGGUCAUGAAAAGGUCAAACUGGAGUCUGACCUGCAUCACAUGACAGGCCUGGUGGAGGACUUCAAAAACAAGUAUGAGGAUGAGAUCAACAAGCGCAAUGAGUGCGAGAACAACUUUGUCCUCAUAAAGAAGGACACAGAUGCAGCCUUCAUGCUCAAAGUGGAUCUGGAGGCCAAACUGGAUGGACUUUCUGAUGAGAUUGAGUUCCUGAGGCAGAUCUAUGAUGCUGAAAUCCUUGAGCUGCAGAGCCAGAUCAAGGACACAUCUGUUGUGGUGGAGAUGGACAACAGUCGCAUUCUUGACAUGGAUGCCAUCAUCGCUGAAGUGCGCGCCCAGUAUGAAGACAUCGCCAACCGCAGCAGAGCCGAGGCUGAGUCAUGGUACCAGACCAAGUAUGCAGAGAUGCAGCAGUCAGCUGCUGGAUAUAGUGAAGACCUGAAAUCAACCAAAGCUGAGAUGGCUGACAUGAACCGCAGGAUAAUGAGGCUCCAGUCUGAAAUUGAUAUGGUCAAAGCACAGCGAAACAGUCUAGAGGCUCAGAUCGCAGAGGCUGAGGAGCGAGGUGAGCUGGCAGUGAAGGAUGCUAAACUCCGUGUCAGAGACCUGGAGGAAGCUCUUCAGAGAGCCAAGCAGGACAUGGCCCUGCAAGUCCGCCAGUACCAGGAACUGAUGAACGUGAAGCUUGCACUGGACAUUGAGAUUGCCACCUACAGGAAACUUCUUGAGGGAGAGGAGGACAGGUUAGCAACUGGAAUCAAGACUACUGUGUCCAAGCAGACUUCAAUGAACUUCAGUGCCUACAGCCUGGAGAGCUCCCGCAUCCCGUCCUACGUCAGCUCCUCCUUCGGUGGAGUCAAGGCCAGCAGCGGAUCUUUCUCUUCCCUCGAAGGAGCAGCAGUGAAGAGCAGCACAGUCUCCAAGACGGAAGCUGUGGUGAUCAAGAGUGAGGAGAAGAAGCAGGAGGUGCAUGAGCAGGUAGCAGUCAAGGAGUCAGCUGCUGUGGAGGUGGAGAAGAAGGAACAGGAGCAGGAAAAGGAGCAGGAGCAGGAGAAAGAGAAGGAGCAGGAGAAGGAGAAGGAGAAGGAGCAGGAGCAGGUGGAGGCUGAAGCUGUGGCUGAGGAGUGAUGUUUCCUUCCUGUUAUGUCAGAUUCAUGAUUUUGGUAUUGAAGGUUAAGAAAAAACACACCUACUCUGAUUAUUGUCCAGUUCUUAAAUGAUUCAUCAACAAAUAAAGGGCUCGUUUCUGCUGUAAGAGGUGCAAACACAUAUACAGGAAAAAUUUUCUUUCAGAUAUUCUUAAUGAAGAGGUGCCAAUGGAUGAAAACUGUUAAAAAAUUAUUUACUGCCAGUGGUUCAGUGAUCACUGCACCACAAUUGUUUGUCCAACAGGUGGCACUAUAGCAUAUACUUUCCCCUGCUGCUGCACCUUGUCCUUUAGGCUUAAUGAUUUACUUUUAAUAGGGGUCAUCUGGGGACAAAAAAAUCAUACUUAAUUUCUUCUGUGAACCUACUGUGAAACUAAAGUCUUCCUGACUUCUGCUGAGAAAAGACUUUUUCGGUGUGCUGCUGUUUGCAACACCUGGAGUCCUCUCAACAAUAAA